UCUCUCGCUGUGGCCCAUCUCUCCCCAACCCAACUUGCGUGUCUUAACGUAAGUGCCUGACGUCACGGCACGCAACGAAGUCGUUCCACGUGUUUAUUUGCCCACUUGCAUUCAUCGUGCAUAUAAUUUUCAAACGUACUUAUAUAAGCCAUCAUCUCUAACCCUACAAAUUCACUCGAUUCAAUUACAUGCCAAGAAAUGAACCAAGUCACUUCAGAGAAUCCUAGCUUUACUCAGUUCCAUCGAACCCCAAGCUAUGGCAGUCUCUUGAAUCCUUGCUUAACAGAUCACUGGGGAGACCUGCCGUUGAAAGUCGACGAUUCUGAAGAUAUGGUCAUCUACAACUAUCUCCGUGACGCAGUCGGUUUCGGAUGGUCUCCUUUAGAUCUAGUCACAACGACCGUUAAAACGGAGACAACACAUCAUGAUCAAGAUCAAGUGGUGGAGAGCAAGCCGGAGGAAUCCGUAGUAGAUGAAAGUGAUUGCGGUUGUGCGGAGAAGAAAGCGACGGGGAGGCGUUACAGAGGAGUGCGACAGCGGCCGUGGGGGAAAUUUGCGGCGGAAAUACGAGAUCCGGCCAAGAACGGAGCCAGAGUAUGGCUUGGAACAUUCGAGACUGCGGAGGAAGCCGCUUUGGCUUACGACCGAGCCGCUCAUAAGAUGCGCGGGUCCAGGGCUUUGUUGAACUUUCCUCAGAGAGUUGGGUCUGGUGAGCCUGAGCCGGUUAGAAUCACUGCUAAGCGUCGGGAGCCGGUAUCAAGCACUAGUAGUGGAGUAUUGGAUAAGAGGAAGAGAGGCAUGUUGAUCGACUAAUGAUCACGACUUGUUUCUUUUUUCUUUUUUCUCUAUGUGGAUCGGCUAAUGAUCCUGACUUGAAAUAAAGAGAGGGCUCUACUUACCGACAAUGGCCGACCAAUCCUGAGUUUUGAGUAGAAAACGGCAUCGUUUGGUUUACACAAUUAGCCAAACAAUAACAUUAAAUUUGUGAUAUUAUUUUCGUAUGUUGUCAAUGUGGAAUUUAUGUAUAUAUAAGAAGGACGGACAAAUCCAUGGUUUCUGUAUUUAAAAUUUGUUUAGAAAAUUGAUAUAAACGUUUAUUAUAUCGACAA